AUGCGCUCCACGACGGCCUGCCUGGCCAAGGGCUUCUUGGGCCGCAGCAUCGACGAGUUCAAGCGUCUCUCCAACAUAGCCUUCAAAAUGGAGGGCAUAAAAGGGCCCUCGGGCCCGUACCCGCUGCACGACUUCCACUCGCCCUCCUCGCUCGACGACUGCAAGCUAAUGUCCGACGUCGACAUCGGGGGCUACUCCAAGGCCUCGCUCGACUGGGUCCCCUCCUCCACGGCGCCCGACACCGGGGUGCAGGGGCCCGCGCACGCGCGCUUCCACGGCAGCAUAUCCACAGACCUGCCGCCCAACAAGCCCGACAUCCAGCGGUCCGGGUACGCCGCAUGGCGCACCCUCGACAAACCCCCCACAAUCUUCGGGCGCGCGCUGUGGGACAUCGACAUGUACACGUACCUAGCACUACGGAUAAAAUCGGACGGCCGCAGCUACCUCGUCAACAUCCAGACCGAGUCCGUCGUGCCGACGGAUCUGCACCAGCACCGGCUGUUCGCGAAGCGCCCGGGGGAGUGGGAGACGCUGCUGAUCAAGUGGAACGACUUCGUGCGCACCAACCACGGCUUCGUCGUCGAGCCGCAGACCGAGAUGCUGCGCCAGAAGGUCAGGUCCGUCGGCGUCGGCCUGACGGACCGCGUGCCGGGGCCCUUUGAGCUGUGCAUCGAGCGCGUGUGGGCCACCAACGACGUGCGCGAGGGCGAGGAGGUGACUGCUGAGGCCCUGCCGCAGGAGCAGGAGCCGCUGGGCGUGAAAGAGGGACAGUUGAGGAAUAAGCAGGGUCGGCAGAUACACUGGAGUGAGAAGUGA